UGCGUUGCUCUUUGAACGGCGAGAAUAAGGAAGACAAAAUGGAAGACAAAUUGGGCAAAGGACUCACUGCGGGGAAAGUCGCGAGUAAUGUGCAGAAAAAAUUAACGCGAGCACAGGAAAAGGUGCUGCAGAAGCUGGGGAAAGCAGACGAGACGAAGGAUGAGGCGUUUGAGGAAGGUGUCAUCAACUUCCACAAACAGCAUGCCGAGGGGUCCAAGCUGCAGAGAGACUUAAGAGCCUACCUUGCUGCAGUGAAAGCCAUGCACGAGUCCUCCAAACGCAUGCAGGAGUGUCUGGCCGACAUGUACGACGACAACUGGUACGACAAAGAGGACGUGGACUCCAUUGUAGAGGAUUCAGAUCUCCUAUGGACAGACUUCCAUCAGAAGCUAGUGGACCACGCCCUGAUCUCCAUGGAUACCUACUUGGGCCAGUUCCCAGAUAUUAGGGCCCGCAUCGCCAAGCGUGACAGGAAGCUGGUGGACUUCGACAGUGCCCGACACACCUUUGCCUCCGUGCAGAAAGGAGAGAAGAAGAAGGGUGGCGGUGGUGGCAUCAAGAUCACCAAGCCAGUGUCGCUGCUGGAGAGAGCUGCUCCUCAGUGGGCCCAGGGCAUCCUGUCUGCACACAACGUCGCCCAGACAAACCUGUCCAGGAGUCAGGCUGAGGAGGAGCUGGAGAGGGCCCAGAAGGUAUUUGACGAGAUCAAUGUGGACCUGCAAGAGGAGCUGCCAUCCCUCUGGAACAGUCGUGUUGGGUUCUACGUGAACACCUUCCAGAGUGUGGCCGGGCUGGAGGAGAAGUUCCACAGGGAGAUGGGCAAGCUGAGCCAAAGUACGUAUGAUAACCUGGUAAAGGUUGAAAAUCAGGAGACCCGAAAAACAGGUGGCCGUGGGGCAAGGACGACGCGGCCUAUCAGGAGUGGGCCAGACGGGGCUAACCACACCCUGGGUGUCGGACCUCCUCCCAUUCCCAAGUCUCCGUCUAAGCUGAGACCAGCGGUGCCGCCGCCACCCAAGGUCACCCCAUCUAAGGAGAUGAAGACCGAGAACAUCCUCAACCUCUUUGACGAGGCGUCCACACCCAACAUCAGUGUGACCUCUCCGACACAGUUCGAUGCUCCUGGUGCGGGCAACCUGCUGGACAUGGACCUGGACUCUCUCUCUGCUAUCAGCCCGGCAGCCCCCGCCGCUAGUGCCGCCCCCCAGGAGGAAAACUGGGAUUCUUGGGAGCAAGACGAGUCCCAGCAGCCCGCAGCGGCGGCGGCAGCAGCGGCAGCAGCUGUGGACUACACUAACCCCGACUGGGGCGAUGAUGACCCUACGCAGCCCGACUGGGGCGAUGAUGACCCCACCCAGCCCAACUGGGAGGAUGACAAGCAACCGGCCCCGCAGCAGCCGGAGGACCCCACCCAGCCCGACUGGGGCACGGACGAGCCUGCCCCGGACGCGGCCGACUACGAAGCGGCCCCCGCCGCCGCCGCCGUCGCCGCCGCCAGCGACGAAGCUGCCGCGGCGGACGAAAGUGCCGCCGAUGUCGUCGACGACGGUGGCGCCGCCGAGGCCACUGACGACGGCUCCGCCGCUCAGCCUGUGCAGGAAGACGGGGAACAGGCUGUGGAGACUACAGAAGUUGCACCCGCUGUAGAGCCUGCCGCUGCUGCAGAAGCCGCUCCAGAGGCCACUGAAUCUGCAGCCGCUGCAGAGAUGCCUCCUGGAUUCAUCUUCAAAGUCCAGACCAUGCAUGACUAUAACGCCAAUGACUCUGAUGAGCUCGAGCUGAAAGCAGGGGACGUGGUUCUGGUGAUGACCUACGAUAAUCCAGAUGAGCAGGACGACGGCUGGCUGAUGGGCGUGAGAGAGAGUGACUGGCAGAAGACCAAAGACCUGGCCAUUAAAGGCGUGUUCCCCGAGAACUUCACCCAGAGACUGUGAGGCCCCAGCCUGAGGUCGCUCCGCCCACGUCCAUGCCAACACCGCACGCAAACCAACGAGUGGCCACCAGCACCACUCGCAAGCAGACACCAGGCCAGACACGCCCCAGAAAUCUGACCCCUAUGUCCUGUCGUGUCCUGCCCAGUCCCCUUACUCCUGUUUCAACCACCCUCAUGAUGCCCCACUGAAUUCUGGGAUUGAUUUUGACUUUACAUCCUUACCCCACUGACUGUUGAAAUGCAUGAGAUUACAUACCAGGGAGUGAGAGUGAUCGAUCGAUCGAUUGAUCAUUUGAUUGAUUGAUUGGUUGAUUGGUUGAUUGAUUGGUUAACUGGUUUCUGAAUAGGUCAAUUGAUUGAGUUUUACAUUUACAGAAUUCACAUUGUCAUCUGUAACUAGAGUGAAAUGGAUUCCACAGUGGAUUGUCUCAAUCCCAAAACAACCAUCAGCCCUUUUUACAAUCCAUCACAGCAACAGCUGCUGUUGUCUGCUUGCUCAAAUAUCCACGUCUCUGUGUGUGUUUGUCUAUGUCCAGACACUAUCUCAGUCUGGCAUAUUGGGAAGCGUUAAAGACUGUGAUGUCAUGGGAGACAGUUGGACGGACCGUCCCCUGAGUCCAUGCUGGUCACAGGAAGUGAUGUGAUUGCUUUGUCAUGCUAUUUCUUUCGUCAGUUCCAUGCAUUUGCAGCGUUGCACGGGUGUUACAGAAAUGUUGUUGAUGUUGUUAGCGUAGACUUUCAUUCCUCUAGCCUUUUUGGAAAACCCAUGAGAUAACACACUUGAAACCUCUCCCAAUACCUGGUGGCUGUGCAAUUUAGAGUUGAAAGACAAUAUAUUUAUGUAUUUAUUUAUUUUGUUCUUAUUUAUUUUUAAUCUCUUCAUACCACAGACUAGGCUACCAUAUGGAUAGGACCGUUUCAUUAAGGCAAACAUGUGCAUAUAAUAUCUAAAUGCAGCCCUGAAUGGAGUAUACUUGUGGGUGUGACUGUGACUGGUCGAGUGAAUUGGGAAAUAAAUAAGCUAAUCAUCUUAAGGUCAUUUCAGCCGCAAACAGAGUCAGCAAACUCCACUAUACACACAAACAAACAAACAAACAAACAAACAAACAAACAAACAACAAACACUGUAAAUCAUGUUCCCAGAGAUGUAUUUAUGCAAUAUUGUCAACACAAGUUCUACAUGCCGUGUGUAUUCCUAUGUGCCGAACCUCUCUGUGAGGAAUAAGGAGUUUCAAACAUCUGUGUGUGUGUGUGUGUGUGUGUGUGUGUGUGUGUGUGUGUGUGUGUGUGUGUGUGUGUGUGUGUGU